AGUACAGCCUAGCCAUGCGUGGAAAGUACCCCACUGCGUAAUCCAUAGACGUGUAAUGGCAUUGAUCAUGUACAUACGCCAUCUUGUCUCACAGCAUAGAUAAUUAUAGUUCAACAUAAUUAUCGAUCUCCGAAGCUUGGACAUAGUUUUUUUAUGUUGCUUUAAGACGAUCAUUUUCCUUUUCAAACGAUGGUCAUGUAAGGUGAUGCCAUAAUAUGUCAUUGAAGAUAAGUCUGGAUUACACCUUCAAGUUGUGCUGAAUCGGGAACUACGCCAAUCUACGGCGAAUGUCUGAUGAACGUAACAGCCUAAAGAGAGAGCUUACCAAAUCAGAGAUCAUCAUAGACGGUGACGUCAUAAUACAUCAGAGAGGAUCAAUAAAAACAAGCCUGGAGUACACCAUCAACUUUCUGCUGCAUCAGCAACCACGCCAUCUUCGGCAAAUAUUUGAUGAAUAAGAUCAGAUCACUACUUCAAUCACCAUGGCAGCUAAUUUCUCCACAGACCAACAAUGUGAAGGAAAGGAUUGUCAAUCAAUCACAGAUGUGACGUACUACGUGGAGGAGAAGAAGAGACUCUGUGAUGAAUGUGCCUCUGAGGAAAGAUGCAUCAAAAGAGUUAAAAGAGGUGAAACAAAUAUUGAUUGUGAAGAACAUGGUGAAAAGGUAAAAUUAUAUUGUAAAACUCAUGGUGUACCAUUGUGUUAUUUAUGCGCUAUGAUCAAACAUCAACAGCCUUGCGAGAGACAAGAUAUAAAUAGUACAAUAAACGAAAGUAGGGCCAGGCUAACUGUUCUAAGAGAAAAGGCUACGGGCAAAUCUAAAAAAAGUCGUGUGUGUUCAGAUAAAAUUGACCAAUGCACGAAAGACACAGACACCCAUCUACAAGCUUUGAAAGAUGAAGUUAAUUCGACAAUAAAGGAGGGGAUCAACAUAGAUAAAGCAAAGGAGAAGAUGGAGGCUGACAAAAUCAACCAAGAAUUUGAUGAUCAGAAUCAAAUACUUCAAGAAGAGAUUCUGAAGAUUAAUGAGAAGAUUCGAAAGAACAAUGAAGAGAGAGAAAAACAACUUGAAUUAAUCCAUACAAAUGCACAGAUUAGACAAGGACACAUGGAUAAUAAGAAGACUGGUCUUCAUAGAGACAUUGAUAACAUUGUUAAAGAGAAGGAGAGGAAGAUCAGAGAGUUGAGGAAAUCAUUGCAGGAUGACACAAAAACAAUUGAGAAUGCAAUACAGACCAUAGAUACAGUACUAGAAGACGAUAAAAACAUUGUUAAAGACGGUCAUAGUGUGAACAUGUCAGUGAGUGAUAAACUAAAGAAACCACUUUAUAAGAAUGAUGUGAAACAAAUAACUGAUAGAAUAUUAGGUGUAAGGUUUAUGAAGGGUGUUGGGAGAGAGAAGUAUGAUGGUAGGAUUGGUGGGUAUGAUGGCGAGUGGAUGCUUAGUGAUACAAUCAGUGUCAAAGAUAAAAUCACAUACCCACGGAUUGUUGGUUGCAUAGAUGAAUGUAAUGUGAUCAUCACUGACAUAGUCUCAGGUAGCAGGCAUACAUACAUGUUAGAUAUGAACACUAAACACAUCCAGAGAGUGAUAACAGGUACUGAUACAUCAUGGGUUUUCUCCUGUGCAUUACUGAAUGAUGACAAGAUAGUGUGCGGUAGACUCUAUAAAGGUUGUACAGGGGACAGUUUGACUGGAUGCAUUAGUGUGAAUGACAGACAAUGUAUGCGCAUCAAUGACGUCACAAUACCAAGAAACACAACGCGCGAUACCUCAUGGGUGGAUGUAGCUGUUGACCGUGAUGGGAUGAUCAUCGCUGCUGAGUGGGGUCAGUCUAAGAUAUACGUCAUCAACCCAGCUGAUAGUAAGAUCGUGAAUACCAUCACAUGUAAACAGAAAGUAAUAAUGCGAGGUGUGCUAUCAUCAAGUAACAUCAUCGCUCGACCUUGCCCUGGUGAUAAGAGAGUACUAAUAAUAGACAGACAGGGUGGUCAAAGGGAAAUCCCCCACAGUGAUGUCAUCUUGAAUGUCUGUGUUGAUCCUAUAACAGACGACCUCUACGUUGUGACAUCAGAUGAUGAGCGCAAGACGUGUAUGAUUGAUCAGGUGAUGAGUGGCAAUGAAGUGAAGAAGAGAAGAGUGACGUCAUUCCCUCUAUCAACUAGAAUGACUGAUCAAUGGACUGUGGAGCUCAGGCGAUUUCACCUUUUAUUUUCCCGUGUAAUGAUCUCAUCAUCAGGCAAGAUAAUUGCUUGUGAUGGAGAUAGUAUUCUCGUCUUCGAAAAGCGACUCACAUUCUAAACGAUGAUAUGUCGGGAUCAUUCACUAUGAUGAAUAUGAGACACACUGAUCAGAACAAUACCAUCUUUGGAUUAUUGAAAUAUCUGUAGCAGUGAGGCCCAAUAAGACCUAAUAACUCUGACCCAUUUUAAACAUCACGGUUAACAAUAGGCAUUUAUAUAUAGAUAUUAAAAAAACUCCCGCAUCCAAGAACAUGU